AUGGGGAAACGUUUUCCUGGUAUUUCAAUCAAGAUUCCUGAGAGUCGUUUUUUCUUUAACCAUAUUUCAAAGGAACCGGAUAUAAAGUUACCUAACCUGCUGCUCACCGGCUCGCCACUUCCUUCCCCUUUAAAGACGGACGAAUCAUUUGAUAUAGAUUUGGAUCGCUCUAGAAAUGAGUUUAACCAAUUUAAUCAAGAUUUGGAUGAGAUUGCUCAUUCCAUGGAAAAAUUAUUCGAGGAUGCUCCUGUAUGGCUUGCAAAUAUAGAGGAAAUUAAACGAAAUCAAGAUUCCGUUGAAGAAUGUAUUUUAGCUACACAAGAAAAGAUUUAUGAAAAUGAAAACCGUUUGGAAAAUUUAAAAUCACUUCAAUGUGAAGACACAGAGGAUAUCAAUAAUGAUCUAAAAAAAAUUCAAGAACAGAUAUUUGAUAUCCUCGAAAAACAUCGAUGUGCUAGAUCAAAUGUAGCAAAUAUUUGUAAUAACCAAUCCAAAACUACUGAACAACUUGAUCUUAUGUUGCAAGCUAUACACGAGUAUGCUCGAUUAAUCCAGGAAGCAAGUCUCACGAUUAAACAUUUCGAUGAUGUUGGGUCACCAUUGAAAUAUGAAUCACUGGACUUGUCACCGUUUAGACAUUAUAAGGGCAGUUCCUACUUCGAAGACCAUAUCUAUCAAGUUUCCCGUGUAAAUACUCCAGAGCCGCAAUCUCCGAUAUCUCCUAUAUCACCAAUAUCAAAUAUGCUGAAUUCACCAGAAUUACAAAGCGCAUCUACAACGACAACUCAUACUUCAGCAACAACUCCAAUGAGUUUAGAUAUCAAUUCUUCCGAUUCCCAAUCUCCACACCCACCUAUACAUCCAUUACCACGCUUUCAAAUUAAACAUCAAAAACUUUUACUUUUGAGUAUGAGACGAGCUGCAGUUGGAUUGAAGUUCUUGUUAUAUGCCAAUCAAUUAAAUGAUUAUAAGAAUGAAUGUCCAGACAGUGAUUGCGACUUAGAUUUGGAUUUAUUUGAUGAGAUCUCUACAGAAGAAGUAGUGACAACUACUUAUAGGGAUAUCAUUCCCGCUGAUAAGGAUUCAUCCAGUAAAUGCAGUUUAUCUAGUACGAGCAGUUGUGAUAGCAGUUGUGACAGUAACAACAGCGAUAGUGGCGGAAGUGAUCACGAGAAGAAUAAAGAAGGUACUCCAGGCAAAAUAUGUGUCACUAUACGCAAAAGAUCGCUUGUUGUUCAUUCGUAUGAUCUGUUGCGAUUUGAUAGGAGAAUGUUGGUAAAGCAACAGGGAUGA